GCCUGUUUCAAUAGCGGUCAUACUGAACAUUUUGUAUAUGAAUGUGGAACACUUUCCAUGCAGUCACAACCAUGACGCCUACACCACCACGGAUCAUUCUGUUAUUCAGCGGGAAGCGAAAGUCAGGGAAGGACUAUGUGACAGAUUUAAUACAGAAAAGACUGACAGCAGAGAUAUGCUGUAUACUCAGACUGUCUGCACCUCUCAAACAGCAGUAUGCUAAGGUACAGUACAGUAUACAACUGCUUACAUGUGUAGACGACGCUGAGUCCGAGUGUGGUUUGGAUGAGGGUGUGAAGUUUGACUGGAUCAUCAGGAACGAUGGAGCUGAUGACGUUCUGGAGGAACAGCUGGAGGGGCUACUGGCAUUGAUCAAGGCACGGGAGGACUCGAACACACAAAAUAGUAUUAAACUGGAUUAAUAAAAGUUGCUUUUUUGCCACCUGUAUCCUGCUGACUGGAGAGCUUGCAAACUCUUCAGCAUUUUAAUGAAUGGUUAGUCAUCAUUUACUCAGCUUUCCAAAAA